CAGUCAUGAUAUUCUCAUGCCCUUGUUGCGGCGCCACCUGCUCAUUACCGUUGUCGACGCACUCCUCUGCGCGUCAUGUCAGCCAGACCAAGGCACAGAUAGGCAGACCGAAGCUAUGCUGUGGUGUCGGAGUGGUAAGCUGAGUAAACACGUCCCGAAUCGCGUAUUUGGCCAAAAGCCACCCGGUUUACUAGCCGCAACAUCCAAGCGAUUAUGGCAAUGGUCAAGCAUCGCGUCUCCACAGCUCCACGACUGGCCGACAUAGCACAUAAUACACGACUUGAUAGCGAGGCUGAGCAGGGCUGAUGUAGGUGGUGCAUGUGCAUCAUGUCGUCCCAGUCUGAUGCCCUUCCCGCGUCCUGACUCUCGACUGUCCUUGUCUUGUCUAAU